AUGGCCGAAACAUCUAACCACGCUAUAGUGUAUGGGGCAUCGGGUAUAAUUGGCUGGGCUCUAGUCGACCAACUUCUAGGCUCUUAUCUACAUGCAACAUCGUUCUCCAAAGUUACUGCUGUCACGAACCGGCCCCUCGAUUUGUCGGAGUCCCAUUGGCCUGAACCAGUUGAUCAGCGAGAAUUGCAGCUCGUCUCAGGCAUUGACCUUCGGCAGGGCGACGGGUCCACACUAGCGCGAUCUUUAACCCAAAAAGUCAAAGACAUUGAAAAAGUCACCCAUAUAUUUUACUUAGUUUUCACUGCAAUUGAGGAUGAUAUCGAGGAAGUUGCGCUCAAUAAGCGCAUGUUUCAGAAUGUUAUCGACGCCCAUAACCUUAUCAGUUCGAACUUAAAGUUCGUGGCAUUUCCCGGGGGGACAAGAGGUUAUGGGAUUUACGCUCCCAGUGGAACUUUCACGCCGCCCUUGAUAGAGGAUAUGGUGAAGAACCUUCCAAGUGAUUAUGCCAAGACAGUUGUAUACCCGGCAUAUCGCCACAUGCUUGAUAAAGCAAGUGAAGAGAAGAGUUGGACAUGGUGCGAAGUUUGUCCCGAUGCUAUUAUCGGCUUCACACCAAAUGGUUCCCAGUUUAGUCUCGCACUACACUGGGCCCAGUAUCUUUCUCUGUACGCCUAUAACCAUGGCGUCGGUCCGAAUGCCCCAAUGGCCGAGAGCAACUUCGCCACCGAAGUCCCUUUCCCCGGCAAUGUGGCUGGCGCCACCUCCUUGUUCACUCCUGCGGCUAGCAAGACAAUCGCUCGCUUCAUGAUAUAUGCUUCGAUGCACCCUACUAUCUGCGGUAAUGGCCAGUUAUUCAACAUCGCCGAUGACGAUAUCCCAUGCAAAUAUGGUGAAAUUUGGCCUCAUCUCGCCAAAUGGUUCGGUCUUGUAGGCGUCGGGCCGCCUGAAGAGAAGCUGGAACCCACGAAAGAUAGUCUCAGGGUCGGAGAACUUCCUCAAGCUACCACCGGCCUAACCCCUGGCGAGUAUAUUGCCAAACAUAAUGGGAUAUUUGCGAAGUGUGGACGUGUGAAUGCUGUCGGCGGAGGCGUUGGCGCUGGUAGUCGACAAUUGGACAGUGUGGGAUACUGGUUGACUUUUGAUCGUCAAAUGAGUUUGACAAAGUUGAAGAGCUCGGGUUUCGAAUUAGAUGGAGCCCCGAUUCAAGCAUGGUUGUACAGCUUUGAAAUGUUCAGAAAAGCUGGGCUCAUACUUUAG